GUGCCAAAAGCCCGGGGGACUGGCAGGUCGGGCCCGCGUCGUCGGACAGGGUGCCUAACAUGCAGGGCCCGUAAGGUUCGGUGCGACGAGACGAAGCCAACUUGCUCCAAUUGCGACCGACUCCGUCUACGAUGUCACUACAAGCCCCCUAUCGCCCCUGGCGUGGGGUGGGGCUCACCAACUCGCCCAAAUGAUCCAAGUGCAUCACCAAAUGUAUCGCCUUUAGAGGGUUCGAGCUCAUCCGCUACAGCUACUGCAUCUCGAUCUCCCGACAUCAACUUCUUUAGUACCGUGCUCCGUGCAGACGGUCACACAAUACCAGCGACAACCACACUUCGGCAGCUCCCGACAGACCAGGACUCUUAUCCUUCCGAGUUUGACAUGCUUGGAUUUAUGGGCGGGAUCACGUCUGAGUUGGAACAGAAGCAGAAACACCUGGAUUUGACAACCGGGCUCGCCAUGGGCUUCACCGCUAGUCCAGCCGCGCAGUCGCUACCCGCGACUAUCAUACCGGGCAUGGAUGAAGGGCACUUCUUAGCAGACCGUCGGAUUCCACUCACCCCAGAUACUUCAUCCUCCCUAAUUGAUGGGACCUCGGUUGGAAGUGCUUCCGACGCCGGCGGUAUUUCGUAUGAGGACCAACUGCUGCAGCACUUUUUGACUAUUGACUCGCCAGCUACUCUUUUUGCGCCGGUAACCCUUGAGUGGAAGUAUAUGCGGCCAGCGCUGCUGGCGCAUGCACGAGACUCUAGCCCGCUUUUGAAUGCUUUGUACUGCUAUGCAGAUGUCCAUAAAGCGAUGAUGGAGGGGAAAAGAUGGCGCUGGGCCCCUACUUUCUAUAGAUUGUCCAGUUCGGAGAUCCAAGCUUGUAUUCGUGGCGAAGUGACGGAACCCACACUCAUCAACGUUUUUGGUUCUAUAUUUCUCUUGAUGAUAUCCGAGAUUCUCUCAUCCCCCGAAAUAUGUACCGGAACUUCUUAUAUUCACACCGGGUACCUUAUUCUACACCGAUUCCAUGAUCGCACCCGACAUUGGACCGGUCUCGGCCAUCUCCUGGUAUCAUGGGUCUCGUUGCUCGAUGUCAAAUCCCUGAUCGCAGGCCGAGAUGGCGAUCCUCUCGCUGACCUCGGCAACAUCCCAGAACAUAGCAUCCCACUGAAACCAAUAGAUACACAAACUUCUCAGAUACCUCACCCAGCAAUACCCACAGACAACCUCAAAGGAGAAGACAGCAUCGAAGACCCAUUCCGCAGUCCCAGCUACCUCGUCUACGAAUCAAUCGUAGGUCCAGCAUUCCGAUUCUUCGUACAAGCCCAGCAAGUCGUCCGACGCAUAGUCUGCAUAGACCUCCACCACCGCAGUCGUGGAACCCUCACCGACGAGUUUGAAGUCCUCCAGCUCGCUCACAAAGUUGGCGCAGACCUCGAAACACUCUGGCACAGACGUCCCUCGGUGAUAGACGUCUACGGACGACCAGAAGCACUAACGGAUAUCCUGUGCGCCCCUGUGGCGUUGGAGAUCUGCCGCACAUUUAGGCAAUACGUGGCGAACUUCUUAGCGAACUUCAUCUACUUGCAUCGUGUUGCAUUUGCAAUAUACCCACGCACAGACCGCGUCAACGGCGCCGUUGAUCAAAUCAUCCAAUUGGCUGCAGUUGACUCGACCGGCCCAGACCACCUGCCUGUUAGCUUUCUGUGGCCGCUGUUCAUUGCUGGGCUCGAGGGUACGGAGGACCAGCGCAAGUGGAUUGUUCACGAGAUCCAGCGUAUGGCUGCUGCUCACGAAGCCGACUCGGCUCCUUUGGUAACCCGCCACCCAACUGCUGAUAAAGUCCUCUUGCUCGUGGAGGAGAUGACUCGACGACAGGAUGUGUCGCGCACAUGGGCAGAUUCGAAAUGUGUGAGGCGGGAAUUGUUUUCGGACUUUUUCGUUAUAAUUUGA